UACGGCCGAGAACAAGUUGAGGGCGUCGGGCCAGUGAUCACGCCGAGUCGCACGCGCUAAGACCGUCGGUACCGCCGAGGUGUUGAAGAUCGAGUUACCUACAGCACACGUUGCCAUUGCUUUGAAUCAAAAAUAUUAAAACGUUUAAAAAAACAAACUAAUCGCGAUAAUAAUUAAACAACAGAAUACUCGGGACGAAUAAGAAAAUAAUAAUAAUAAUAACCGACCAAUAUUCGGAUAUAUCAUAUUUGUAGUUGUCGUUAAACGGAACGCAAAAGUUUUGAUUUUACAUGAUUGAAAUUUUGUUUUUUUAAUCAAACUCCGUUGUCGAUUUUCCCAUCAUGGAGUGCAAAACGUUUAAGUCGACACGAUCGGUGCACCGGUGACCGGAGAACGGAUUAGAUGAAAAGGCCGCCGAUCAUUUUACAUAUUAUUAUUAUCUGUGUAUUUGCCGCGUUGUGGAUUAAAACGGUCCAACAGCCAUGUUGAUCGUUUCGUAAAAAGAUAGACAUCCGAACGACGACUUCGCCGAGCCCAAUGAGAUCACAAUGUUGCUGACAUUUCUACUGGCAGCUGUGCUAUGGAACUGUAAUUGCUGGUGGAAUGCCGCCAAUAUUUACACUUUCGCCGUGCAACCAGGAUACUUGGACUUUGACAAUUUGCCAGAAACGAACUUCUCUUGUGACGGCAAAGUCAUCGGUGGCUAUUAUGCAGACGUGGAAACUGGCUGUCAGAUGUUUCAUGUUUGUACCAUUGGCCAAAAAGCCGAGAUAACCGACAUCAAGUUUUUGUGUCUAAACGGAACGGUGUUCGACCAAGAAACGAGGGUAUGCGAGCGGCUGGACGAAGUAGACUGCAGCAGGAGUGAGAGCUUCUUCGACUUGAACUUGGAGUUGUAUGGCAACAAUGGAGCGGGCUACGGUAUUCAACCAGAAGAGCAGCCGGAACAAGAGCCGGCCCAGUGCGAUAACGAAGAAGAAGACUGUUCCGGUACUCCAGAUUACUUUAGCGAAGAUGUGACUACCGCCCAACCGGCACCGAUAGCCCAACCGCCGCCCACGACGACGACGACCUCGACGACGACUACGACGACAACGACCACUACGACAAGGCGGCCGCCGACGACCACAACCAGUACGACAAGGCUGCCGCCCGUCUCGUAUCCGACCAACUCGCCGGAAACGAUAGCCGCGCUCAUUGCUCUUCACAACGCUUUCCAGGAAAGCCUUAAGGAACGAGAUCACCAUCAUCCGUCGUUACAAAAGCUGUCGCCCACUGCGUCGCACGUGCAGCGUUACCCGAUGCCCGCAUUACCCAAACCGUUCACGGUCGCCAAUUUUCAACCACCCCGGCACUUCCCGUCAAAACCGCAACAGCUACAGCCACCACCGCCACCGCCGUCGCAGUACCAACAACAGCUGCACCAGCCCGUGUUGUUCUCGUCCGAACGCUUUGGCAACCAGAAUUUCCGACACGGGUACCGGUUGCAGAACGGGCCAACGCCAUCGGCAGAGACGCCCCAGCCGCCGACGUUCCAACAAUACUCGGAUGGACAGGCGUACUACGACGACGAUGACGACGACGACACGUCUAGGCGAAACUUUGCACGCGAGGCGCCCGAAGCUUCGGUGUCGGUGCACGUGCAAGUCAGUUCGUCUUCAUCGAAAAACAGUGCCAUCAACAAUAACGGCAACCGGCCGCAGCAACAGCCACAGAGGCGGCCGUCUACCGUGUCGAAAAGCACGACGUCCGGGCCGCCACAGACGACGUCCACCGUGGCCACCACCACCACCACCACCGCCGCGCCGGUGACCACGGCACAGGCCGUUUUGCCAUCGGCGGACGACGACCUGUACGACGACAUCGGUGACGACGAAUACGGUGACGAGCAGCUACAAGACCGAGAAGACGAAGAGUUCUUCAAGGAAGUGCCAAAGUUGGGCAAAAAGAGGAAACGGAGGAGAAAACGUGACGUCGUCGGCGAUUUGUCGACCUAACAAGACGUAUCGAUUUUUCCCUGUAUUAUUAUUAUUAUUGUACUCGUGUCAUGUGAUAACUAGGGCUGCCGCCCGACGAAUUAGUCGCUGCACACAGGCCCCGGCGAUAACGAUAUUGUCAUAUUAUUCAUUGUAGUAAUAAUAAUAAUUAAUAGCUACUACGUCGCAAUGGUUCGAUUGUAUUCAUAUAGGUAUUGCUCAAUUUCUUCCGAAUUACAGCGCGAAAUGGCCAUUCAUUGUCUUUAUUAUUGUUAUAUUUUUAAAUAUACAUAUAUAUAUAUAUAUAUAUAUUUUUUUUUUUUAAUUUGAUUACGUAUAACCUUUUUUAUUUAGUAGCAUAAAGAUGUAUAUAAAAUAAAUAAAAAAAUCGGCGGAUAACGCGCCUGGUAUUUGUAUACCUCGAAUAGUUGAAUUACCUUUGUAAUAAUAUUUUGAGCAAAAUAUAUGUUUUUUUAUCCGACUGCAAAAGAAGGAGGGUCUUGUGUU